UACGCAUCUGAUUAUGAUCAACUAUAUAAAAUGUAAAAAUGGUCAAACGAUAGAAAGUCGUACGUAAAUGGAAAGAUGGUUAAGACUUCUUCUGUACUUUGGAUCAUGGACUUUUCUUGCCGUUGUUACGUUUAUUUUGAAUGUUUUAAAUGUGAACUGGAAAGAGACACAUAUUGUUAGUGGUACAUUAUUAGUUUUAGUUUUGUCAGUUAUACAAAGUUUUGUGUUGGAAUAUCCCAUUCAGACAAUAUUUUGUUUAAUUUUUGGAGGUCAUACUAGGAAGGUUGCUAGUUCGGAUGGUCAACAUCUGACUUUAAUUUUAAACUAUAAUUUACUUGCUACUUGUGCAGAAGACAUCGACGAGUGUUUGCUGAAUAUGUAUGAAGCAUACAUGGGAAAUAUAGGUUCUAAUACGGCCAGCGUUUUGGUGAGCGCCACGAAAGACAGCGAACUGAGACAGUACGAAUUAAUUGUGCGCGAUCGUUAUCGUAGUUUAAUUUUUGACCAACUUUAUCAAGAAGGACUUUUAUUUUCUUAUGGAAACUCGAAAAAAAUUGACAACGUUCGUUUGAGAUUUGUGUGGAAUAAUUUUCAACAUAUUGACAAUGACGAAUUCAGAACAAUCUAUCUGUAUCAGAUCUGUACUAAUUUUGUAAAUGACUUCAUGGUGAUUCAUAGAAUAUCAUCAGUUUUGCGAAAGUGUGGGCAAUAUCAGGAUUUAAUGCUUCUUUCUGAAGGUGAAACUGAGGCUUAUACGUAUUGCGAUAGCCAAUUUUAUUCCAGUGCAGCAAGAAAGGAAGGAGAGCCAUUGUUUCAUUAUUCUGAGGACGUCAGAAACAUAGAAGGUAGGAGAUUCAACUAUACUUUAGUGCUGGACAGUGAUACACGGGUCGGUAAAGCAAUAGCAUUCAAUCUGUUAGAUAUUGCAGCCGCUAAUCCUGAAAGUGGAAUAAUUCAACCUGCUAUAUUUUUAGAUUGUAUAAAUAAAACAGAUACAAUCUUUAUGCACCUUGAAUCAAUGCGUCAAGCAAUUAACGAGCCUCUGACUAAUUCAAUGGCAGCAAUUUUAGAACAGUCCUCAUUUUUUGGAAAAGGACUAAUAAGCAAUAAAGUGUACAUUGAUAAAAUUCUUGGAAGUAGAGAUAACUUGAUAGAGAGAGUACCUAUAGAUGUUCUUAGUCAUGAUACAUUCGAAGCUUCAAUUUUACACCCACUUUAUGUUGGAAAUAUUCAUUUACAAGAAAUGCCAUCCUACAACUACGUUACAUGGAGUAUCAGAGAACGAAGAUGGAAUAAGGGAGAAAUAUUAUUGGCGAUAUACUUUUUUCAAAACAUUUUUGGAAAACCUAUGAGAUUCCUGCAAAAGAAAUUUCAGAAAUCAAAAUUUAUUGAGACAAAACUGAGAACAGCAACCAAAUUAGAUAUAGUUUCUUCUUUCGUAGCUCACUCUGCGCUCCGACAAAUGUUUAUGAAACCUGUUCUUUUACUGUUUGUAGUUAUUCAUCUUUUCACAUCGCUAACAUAUCCGAAUGCACCAGUAGCAGUAAUCAUGUUUUUUGUUGUUAUUUUUCCAAAAUUUGCAACAUGUAAUAAAAACAACUUUAAAUAUGUGUGUAUAGAAUCUAUUGCUUCUGUGUUGCAGUUUACACCAGAGGCUAUCACCGGAAGUGUUAGGAUAAUUCGAGCUUUUAAAGCGAUCCUUUUCAACAAUACCCAGUGGAAACCUCAAAGAGCAGUGGAAAUUGAAUUUCAACAAUCAAACCCUUUCGUAUCUGCCUUUCGUAACCUCUGGGGUUAUUCUGUUUUUGCUGCAUUAAUUGGAACUUUAACUGUAAUAUUUGUAGAUGGAAGUCAUUUAUUUCUUUUUAUGACAGGAUGUGUGUUUGUGCUACCUUUAUAUACAGGACUAACGUCACUUCCCCUUGGCUUUGUUUCAAAAUACCGACCAACAGUUGACAUUGCCGUAACGAUAUCAUCCAAAACAUACACAGAAAACACUCAGAUAAGCGGUUAUAUAAACAACAAUGACGAUACGUUCCUCGCAAAAUCACGUGUUGACGUUUCGAAUGAGAUGUUGGAAAAUGAAACAAUACCCAAGAUUCCUGUACCUUACUUUCCACGAAUAUUACCAAGGACGGAACACACAAUACUUAACGAUUUCUCCAUGUGCUUAAACAAUCAUCAACAUCUGGAUACAUCAAAUGAGCUGCCUGAAGUCUCCACGUGUUAA